AUGGGCAGCUUUUGUACAACUGAACAGAAGAAUAACUCCGGACAACUGAAGAGUCGUUUUACAACUGAAGAGAAAGAUAACUCCGAACAACUGAAGAAUCGUUUUACAACUGAACAGAAGAAUAACUCCAGACAACGGAAGAGUCGUUUUACAACUGAACAGGAGAAGUGUUAUGACCCUCGAGACACAACGCUUACAUUUGUAGAAGGACGUGAUGUUUUAGAUUUUUUCUACAAAGACUUCAAGUCUCUCAGAGCAAAGAUGUCCUGUGGUCAUGCUGUGACUCCGACGUCUCUCACCAACUGGUGCGAACAAAUGUUGAAGGAGGGUGACUGCAAAUUUGUGUGUGGCGAAACUGGCUGUGAUGUUGAGUGGCCCUUCGAGGAAGUUUGUAAAAUGGCUCUUCUGACCCCCGAAGAAAUUGAGCACUUUGAGAAGAAACUGUUCAGUAACGCUGCCAAGGAUUUCUUGGAUGUCAAAGCAUGUCCUGGUUGCAAAUCUCGUGUGGUGAGAAGUGACAUCCAUGAUCCGAUUGUCCAAUGCCCAGUGUGCACAGCUCAGAGAAGACGGGCUUAUAGUUUCUGCUGGCAUUGUUUUAAGACAUGGAAAGGUCCGGCUCCACGUUCAGACCGCUGUGCAAAUGAUGAGUGCCAAGGUCCACUGGAGAUAUUGAAGAGAUGCACUGAUAUCACCUUCGAGGAUGUGGAGGGGGUCGCUGGCUGUCCCUCCAUCCGUGCCUGCCCCACCUGUGGUUUUCUGGUGGAGCACGACAAAACUAAAUGUAAAAACGUUUUCUGUGCCCGGUGUAAAGUGGAGUUCUGUUUUGUGUGCCUGAAGCUCACUGAGGAGUGCCGUUCAUAUUUCAAACUUUGCUCCAGUGGUGUAGCACCGAGACAGACUUCUAUACCUGUGUGGCAGAGGUCGUAG